AUGGCGGCGCCAGGAAGAGGGGCUGGUCGCGGCCGCUCCAGUGUGUCCGCACUGGACGGCGAGGCGCCAGAAAGCACGGACUUCGCCAACUACUUCUGCACCUACUCGUACCUGUACCACCAGAAGGACAUGAUGGAGGACCACAAGCGCACGGGGGCCUACUACAACGCCUGCAUGCAGAACCGCGCCCAGUUUGCGGGCAAGGUGGUACUGGAUGUGGGCACCGGGUCGGGCAUCCUGGCCAUCUUUGCGGCGCGCGCAGGCGCCAAGAAGGUGUAUGCGGUUGAGGCCACCGACAUGGCCAAGUUUGCCAAGCGGCUGGUGGCGGCGCAGGGGCUGGAGGCGACGGUGGAGGUGAUCCAGGGCGUGAUUGAGUCGGUGGAGAUACCGGAGAAGGUGGACAUCAUCAUCUCGGAGCUGAUGGAUGUGAUGGUGCGGCAUCGCAUCGAGGGCCGCGGCAAGGACCGCAUCAGCUGCUUCCACAUCGAAUGA